AUGGCGCCUGCAUCCCUCGCUUUUCCGAUCGCACCGCACUCUGUGCCAAGAAGUGGAAGUAUUUCACCCCUCACACGUGCUCCCUGCCUUACAUGUGAUGUAGAAGAAAAUAAAAAUGAGGAAGAUACUAAAAGACACAUAGAAGUAACACAUAUGAGAAAUUCAUACACCCAUCAUGUCUUGGAUGAGAAACAGUAUGAAAACUUCAAUGAAAAAUUCAGCACUGCCAAACCAUUUGGAAAUGCCACCAGAAAUGAAAAACAAUUAGGGGGUAGAUGCACUAGAGGAAGGAAAGAGGAGCUCCAGUUUGAUCCCAUACUUUGUGUCAUAAUUUCAUAUCGAUAA